GAUGCAAGCCCUAGUUAAUCAUGCGGAGCAGCCACAAAAGCGUCCUAUUUCCUCGAUUAGAUACCUAUUAUCAUUCUAGCAGAAUAGUAGUCUUGGUAAAUAUUAUUGUGUCGCGUUAUCACAAAUUGUCGAUAAAAAGUGGCGUACCUACUGUAAAUUCGUAAAUAACAGCGCGGACUGUACAGGUUUCAAGUCAAAUGCGAUGAUUAUUGUCCAACAAAACACCGGAAAUUAAACCAGCAUCCAAAUUCGAAACAGUUUAAAGAUGUCGCAAAGACCGAACGGUAGUGACCAGCCGGAUGGAAAUGUCGUUGUGGCUGGAGUGCAAAUUUUGAAAACUUUGGACGCCAACAGAUACGCAACGAAGAAAACCAUUGCCCAAGGUCUGCUGGAUGUUGCUUUAUUAACGGCGAAUGCAUCACAAUUGAAAUACGUGUUGCAAGUCGGAAAACAACACGAAUUUUAUACAUUAAUGCUCAGUUUAAUAAUAGUCUCCAUUGUCUUGCAGACGUUUCAAGCCCUACUCUGCAUUUUCCUGGGGGCGAGAUUGAAUAUCAACAAGGAAUCACAUCAAGACACUGCAAACCGUACUAAUAAUAUCGUCCUUUGUGUUAAUAUAGUUGUUUUUGUUGUAAACAUAGUUUUGGAAGCUUUUAACUUGUCAAACGACAGGAAAAUUAGUCCUAAUACUUUCUAAACAAAUUUGUAAGUUUUUGUGGUAAUAUCAUUGAAUACAAGUUUUUAUUCAAUGGUAAUAUGUGCCUAUGUUUUAGUUUUUAGUUUAAUGUACUACUUACAUCAUAGAUAGCCCAAGGAGAUGCGGAAUCUUCUUCUCGUUCGAUUUUGUUAAAUGUACUACCAUGAUUGUAAACGCCAGUCUCUGUCUAAUCCUAAUCUGUAUCUAUCAUACAGAUAGUACCUACGCUAUCAAAACGUGGCAGAAGUGGAUCUCUAUCUAACGCAAGCAAAGUAAACAGAACAGAAAUUUGAGCAGGCGAUAAACGAUUAGCUUAGCCUGUUUUUAUAGCGUACGAAUUGUAGGUAAUUAAAAAUAACUUAAACCAAUUAUACACAGGAGAUACCAUGUAGAUAGCAACAUUUUAUAGGUACUAAAGCUGACACUUUAAGAUAUACCUACUCACUGUAUUAGAUUAAUGAACACUUGUAGGUAAUUAUUCCUUAUAAUAUACAAUGGGGACCUUUGAAAACUUACAUGGUUAUAUUUUUAAUGAAAGAUCGUUUCUUUAAAAAGGGGGAAUCCAAAUGACUUAUUUUUAAACUACCCUAACCACUCCCUUAAGCCCACCCAUACUGGUGUAAAAACUUUAAAUUACAAUACAAUAAUUAUGUAUUAAACAUACUUUUCACUGGUCGUUACUGGUAGGGUGAAUCCAAAACUAACCGCAAUUUUUUGUUAUUAUCAGCAAUUUGGUUCUAUAUUAUAGACUAUUGCGUGGAACAAACAAUUGAACUUUUCAUUCGCAACAUACAUCAUUUUAUUGAUAGGUAUAAAAAGUAUACCUCUUAUAAGUUUUUAAAGGCCCACACCUGUAUAUUCGUAGCUAUGUGGAAGAUUAUAUCCAAAGCAUAGGUACUAUUUAUUUUGUAGUAUAAAGAAUCGGACUAAAUUUUACUGUAAAUAAUUGCUUUUUGUAUGGAAUAGCAGUUUUUACAAAUACUUAGACUUAGACUCAUAUAAAACUAUUCAUUCAAACAAAAUGACGUCAACAAUUGUUUGGAACUGUAUGUAGUAAAUGUUGAUUAUGCAACUUCCGAAGCCACAGUUUUGGGUGGUAAUUGAAAAGCAACUGAAAUUAAUCUGGCAAAAGCACGCACAGUAUAAGUAAAUGAUUAUUUAAACAGUUUUGCUCAGAAGUCCUGAAAUAUUUCGAUUACCCUCAAUAAAACCAACCAUCUGGCCCGGUAGAAGAAAUAUUCAAAACCACGUUACCCGUUAUGUAUUGGCAGAGUUUUGGAGGAUUAGAAUCACUUCGAACCAUUACUAAGGUGAGGUCUUGUAGACAAUGAUUUAACACUUAUUUUCUUCGAAAAGAUAGAGGAACGAGGAAGAGAAUAUAACUUCUACAAAAUGAAGUUUGUUAGAGGCUAAAAAGUUUUGCAAUUUUUUUGUCUAUCGAGUGACGUAAAAAUCCAUUAUGGCGUCUAUUUAAAAUAAGGAAGUUGAUGUCAAUAUCUGACUAACCGCCAUAUUGAAAACAUUUGUUCUACGCCCAUUGAAUUUAUCCCUGUACAGUCCCUAAUAAAGUACCUAAAGUUG